AACUUCACGGUAGACAGCCUAAUGAAAAAAAAAUAAUCCCUCCUCUCGAUGAAAGAGAAAAGAGGUACUGAGGGAGCAAGAGUCGCACACUCAGACCAGACCGCCGCCGCCGCGCCGGUGAUCGAGUCUCGUCGGCGCUACCUUCACGCCACAAGACAAUAAGCAUCGACAGCCAGGUUCGGCUCCACCAAACGUUUACUUGGUCAAAAUUCAGAUGUGUAAUGCCAAUUCAACAGCUUUAUGUUCCUUGCCUCUGAACACUAUGCCUGUGUUUGGCCUUUUUGUUUCUUAUUCUCCUGUAUCUCUUGUUUGGUUGAUGUGGUAAUAUCAUACUGUGGCCUACCACAAGUUCUUGACUGUGAAGCCCAGACAAAUUGUAGUCAUUGAGUUAACCAGGGUUAAGCUUGUUUUAUGUUCAGAUGGGCAGGUAACAAUAGAGAAGGUCUUUUGUUCCUUACCUCCAAACAUUUGGUGGACCGCAGACUCCAUAUGUGUGUGUGGCCACAUUGUCUCCAUCAUCAAAUAGUUAGGGCGAUACAGAGGAAACACACACACACACACUAGUAGUCUGAAUAGUGAAUACAUCUUACAGAUCAUCAAACUGGCCACUGCAGGAGGGGAAAUGUAUGCAAUGGCCGGUGAAGAAGAGAGCAGAUACCCUUGUCUUGGCAGAGAUAACAUGGAUGCUGUCUUCCGGCAGCAAGGAAGUAGGAAGUGGCAGACAUGAGGAUUAGCAGUAGGAAGAAAUGAAGUUCAGGUCCUGGAGGCACCUAAACGAACUGAUCAACUAAUUACUGUCACAAAGACAUGAGGGUUUACUUUUAUGUGAACGAAUAAAAGGGAAUUGAUGGGGAGUUUUUUUUUCUUUUUCUUCCCAAUAGUUUAUAGGAAGGUCCAAACACCAGUCUCAGGACUCUAUUUUGUAGGUGUUUUUUUGGAGAUGUUCUUAGGGGACCAGCAUAAAAUUCUGUGAAGUUUUUGUUUGGAAGGAUGGCAAUAGCUCUUCAGUACUGUGUCAAAUCCUAAAAUUUGACAGCCCCCUCUGCAUCCUCCCUGCAUUCUCUUCUCCCCGUGCUCUCUCUCUCUCUCUCUCUCUCUCUGUGUGUGUGUGUGUGUGUGUGUGUGUGUGUGUGUGUGUGUGUCCCCCUCUCUCGGUGACAAUUGGGUGACCACCAUCACUGCCCUAUGCAACCUGCUGAGCCAAUGACAACAAUGCAUUCACAUGCUCUUGAGGAACGCUCUUUCCUCAAUCUGCAGAGCGGCAUUUUCUCAUGAUCCUCACAACGACGAAGGGCCAAGUCUAGACUCCGUCCUUUAUCCAAUUUGGCCCUUUCCCAUAUAUAUCCUAUAUAUUAUGUGUAUAAAAGAUCUGGUCCAUGAGUCGGGGUGCUCAUUUGGCCCUUGGGAUUUGACAGACUUGAAGUCCUACCAAACAUGGCCUUAAACACUACUUAUGUUUGAUGUCUAAAAAAAUGUUUCCAUAAUUGUAUACAACCAAUUGUUUCACCAAAAAAAGGACUAAUGUCUUGUUCUUCAGGUCCUUGCUGCAAAAACAUCAUCUUUUAUACAGUCAUUGUGCGCACUGGCCCCUUUCCACUGGCAAGAAGACCCUGAAGUCAUCGAUGUGCGGUAUUGCCCUUGUCCUCGCCAGUGACCGCCUUGUCAUCGUUCCCUGUGCCACUGCAACUACUGCCGCAUUGGAGACCCAGCACUCCUGCAAGAGGAAGGGCGUGCCAGAUGAGCUGAAGGAGGCCCUGCGCCGGCGGGGCCCUGAUAGCCUAGGCUACAGAAGUCGCUGCCUUCUUGCUGAUGGCACGGUUGUUGUUGGUGAUGGUUGCAAUGAUGGAGUAGAGGGUAAAAUCGGUGUGAGUGACUCUAGUGUUGCUGAUUUGUUCUUCAUCGGAGCAACACUGCAUCUUAGGGGAGCUAAGCUGGUUUCGCAGCCGCUGGUGGCCCCCAGUGGAAGUGUCUUUCUGUAUAAUGGUGAGAUAUAUGGAGGAAUUCAGGUUGCGGAUGAUGAAAAUGACACCCAAGCUCUUUUCAACUCUCUGGAAUCUUGUUGUUCAUGUGAUUGCCAUGCUCUUGGUAGAGAUAAAACAUGUACUUGUUGUGGUACUGGGAGUGGUGCCAAAUCAGUUUUGCAAGUUCUUUCCACAAUCAAAGGUCCAUGGGCUUUGAUAUACUGGCAGAUGAAGUCAAAUACGAUUUGGUUUGGCCGGGAUGCAUUUGGGAGAAGAAGCCUCUUGGUACAUUGGCCCACAGCUGAUGAUUCUCACUUCAUAUUAUCAUCAGUAUCACCCCCUUCAUUUGCAAAGAUUCACUCUGAUCAAACAGUGUCAGAUCGUGACAUGUCUAACCAUACUAAAGCUAGCUACUGGGAAGAGCUUCCUUGUGGGAUAUACAGCAUGCAUAUGAAAGACAUUGGAAAGCAUGGUGCAUGCAUGAAGGAAGGGUGGAUUGUGGAAGUUAACACACAUAAAUGGAUGGCUUCUUCAUUGAAUGGAUUGAUCAAAUGGGAGAGGAAACUCACAGUUCCUACCAUGGAGAACAUUCCUGUUGACAGAGGGAACCAUCAGUUGUCUCAGAGCUUCAUAAGCUCAAGAGAACCUGAAGAAAAUACGAAUAAUGGGAUCACAAAGGCAGAUUUUCUGUCAGAUUCUAGUUUAUGUGAUGCAAAUUGCAUAACACAGUCAGCACAUAGAGUAUUGGUUGCAUUAAGGGAAUCUGUAAUGCUGCGGACUAAAAUGAACACACUCUUUCAGGGUACUCUGGAUAGAUCUGAGGACGGAGAGUCAGCCCCAAUAGCAGUCCUCUUCUCCGGUGGCUUAGACUCCAUGCUACUUGCAGCACUGCUAGACCAGUGCAUUGAUUCCAAAUGGAUAAUUGAUUUGUUAAAUGUCAGUUUUGAUGGGCAACUUGCCCCUGAUAGGAUUUCUGCAAUAGCUGGACUGAAGGAGCUUCAGAGGAUAUCUCCGUGCCGGAGAUGGCGUCUUAUUGAGAUUGACACUGCUUUGACAGACUUGAACGGGGAAAGUGAACAUGUGAUGUCACUCAUACACCCUUCAAAUACCUUUAUGGAUUUGAACAUUGGUAUUGCACUCUGGUUGGCUGCUGGUGGUGAUGGUUGGGUGGAUGGAAGUAUAUGUCGUAUGCAAGAUGGUUCUCGCUAUAAGUACAGGUCGAGAUCUAGAGUCCUUAUAGUGGGUUCUGGGGCUGAUGAGCAGUGUGCUGGUUAUGGUAGACAUCGGACUAAAUAUAGGCUUGGAGGGUGGAACGCAUUGGAUCAGGAGAUGAGACUAGAUGUGCAGAGAAUAUGGAAAAGGAAUAUGGGAAGAGAUGAUAGGUGCAUCUCUGAUCAUGGCAAGGAGGCCCGUUUCCCAUUUCUUGACGAGAACGUGAUAAAAACUUUGUUGGAAAUUCCGUUAUGGGAAAUUGCUAAGCUUGAUGAACCUGUUGGAAGGGGUGACAAGAAGAUCUUGAGAGAGGUUGCAAGGCUGCUGGGCCUACAAGAAGCUGCUCUUCAGCCAAAGCGCGCGAUCCAGUUCGGUUCAAGGAUAGCGAGGGAGUCGAACCGCAAGAACUUCGGCAGCAACAGAGCCGCGAACCAGGCAUCAGCAGGCAGCGUGCAGAUUCACCAGAGUCCAGCUUCUCCAGUGGCGUCGGCCACACGCCAGCCAUUUCUUACCAACAAUCAGCCAUGAACACGCUUAGCUGUGACAAGUGCCGCAUGGUUUGGUUGAUGGAGCAUCAUUAUCAGUUGUUACGGUUCAUCACAAAUUUUCAAACGAUUCAUUGUCAGCUGGAUGGAGCAUCCAUCAUUUGUUAUGUAUACUAGCCCUGAAUCCUGAUCAUGUAACAGCAACUUGGACGUGGUUGAAACCUAAAAGUGGCCGGCUGCUUUGUGUCAGGCUGAUGUGGCGCCUGCGUUGGGCCGGUUUAGACGAGUAGGUCCAACCUGGAUCUGACCCCACAUGUCAGUGACUCAACUGCAGGGGAUCUUUCUCCGGUCUGGACCUGACCAAACAAUGCUGGAUGUAAAGCAGUCGUCGGUGUCAAUAUUUUUUAAAAAAUCCUAUAUUUCUUUAGAAUCA